AGAGAACAGGAUUAUUGGUGAAUGGGAUGUUGUUGAAUGUUUUCUUGGCUUUUAUAGCUCAGGUAAAAUCUUAUCCAGGAUCUUACUGAAGUAAGAUUAGCCUACAUACAUUUGAAUCCAGUUUUGAUAUUUAUAUAGACGUUUGAUUGCUCUGAUCUAGCUGUUUCAGUUGUAGACUUGAGACUGGAAUUGCCUGCGACAAUGCCAUAAUAGUUAUCUGAACGCUGUGACAAACAACGUAACUAUAGCGUACACAUUGGUUGAAGAAACGUUGAAGAAAGAAUAGCGUCAACAAUGUAUCGGAGUCGUGGCUGAAUGACGACAUUAUCAACAUACAGCUGGCUGGUUAUAUGCUGUAUCAGCAGGAUAGGACAGCGGUGUCUGGACAGAGCUAGUCCGUCCCCCACCACCCUGCCGGAGUCCCCUGGUCACAACUCUCCUGGUAGCUCCUUACUGCUGGGUCUGAAGAGGGUUUCUGUGCUGCUGGUCGACUGCAGGAAAACACCAGGGCAGAGUGGAACUGUGAGAGAAGGACACGAGGAGGAUGAGAAGGAAGAAGAAGGAGAUUUGAUUUCAUCAAGUAAGAACAAUGACAGAGCUAGCCCAUCCCCCUCCACCCUGCCAGAGUCCCCGGGUUGCAACUCUUCCGGUAGCACUUUACUGUUGGGUCUGAAGAGGGUGUCGGUGCGGCUGGUCGACUGCAGGAAAACAGCAGGGCAGAGUGGAACUGUGAUAAAAGGACACGAGGAGGGAGAUUUGAUUUCAUCAAGGGACUCCCAUAACCAUCGCUCUUUCAGUGGAAGGUACCUAUCAUCUUGGGAGCCUCAACAACAUCAUGUUGCUGAGGAGGCAGAGAAGAGUCUUUCCAGAUCAGAUCACCUCAAGAAACACCAGCAGAGAAAUACAGUGAAGAAACCUCACCACUGUUACUCUGACUUUGGGAAGAAUUUGACUAGACUGAGGUCCUUAAUUCACCAGCAGAUUCACACUGGAGAGAAACUGUACUGCUGCUCUCAGUGUGGGAGGGGUUUUACUGCAUCUAAUGCCUUAAAAUAUCAUCUGAAAAUUCAUACAGGGGAGAGGCCUUACCCCUGCCUUGAUUGUGGGAAAAGCUUUGCUAAUUCAGGAGGCCUGACCAUACACAAGCGUUUACACACUGGAGAGAAACCUUAUAGCUGUGAACAGUGUAGGAAGAGCUUCAAUCAGUCAGGCCACCUGACUACACACCAGCGAACACACACUGGAGAGAGGCCUUAUAGCUGUGAUCAAUGUGGGAAGAGAUUCAAUCAGUCAGGAGAGCUGACUACACACCAGCGAACACACACUGGACAGAGGCCUUAUAGCUGUGAUCAAUGUGGGAAGAGAUUCAAUCAGUCAGGAGAGCUGACUACACACAAACUAACACACACUGGAGAGAGACCUUACGUCUGUCUAUGUGGAAAAGGCUUUGCUCGAGCUUCCACCCUGACUAGACACCAGCGAACACACACUGGAGAGAAACCUUAUAGCUGUGAUCAGUGUGGAAAGAGCUUUUCUCAAACUUUCUCCCUGACUAAACACAAGCUAACACACACUGGAGAGAAAGAAGCCUUAUAUCUGUGAUCAGUGUGGGAAUUGUUUCGUCAGUUAUGGACCCUUUAUUCACACCAGUGAAGACACACUGGAGAAGGAACCUUAUGUCUGUCUAGGUUGGAAGAGCUUUGUUUAUUUAGGGCCAAUGAGAGAGAAAAACCACCAGAAAACAAAAACAUGCCGUAUUUCAUCUCCCUCCCUUCCAGCACCGGUUUCAGACCCAUAAAUAAAGGACCAAUAGAAAAUAUCUAGUGAACAGUCAUAUCCAUCUCCCAUUCUUAAACAGUUGCCUCAGUCUGAUCACCAUGGUAACCUCCAUGGAGCAUAAUAUGCAGCUCUGAUCUAGGAUCAGGUCUCCCUGUGUCUAUGUAAUAUCACACAUUGAUCUAAAUGGAUAAAUGUUAUCAUAGGAAAUGUCAUAGUGAACCUGUGAGGGGGGGGAUGUUGAUAAUUGUAUCUUUCAUACACAUGACACUAUUAUAAUGUCUUCAUGUAGAAUAAUGUUUCAACAAUAGGUGUAUAUUCAUUUUAAAUGAAUUCUUCUAAACAAGAACUUAUCACUUUCAUUUUUUAAAUGUAUAUCUACAUUCAUUAAAAGGAUCCUAAAACUAAUCAAUGAGGCAUUGAAUAAUAAUAUUCAUGAGGUCAAGGAAAGAACUAUGUAUGCUGUCUUGUAACAACGGUUAAUGUAAUAACUUUUAGAUUUAUAAUGUAAUAAAACCAGUAAAUGUAA